UCAUCAACAGGAUUGUGAAGAAGAAACCCCCAAGUGUCCUCCACCACAGCCCUGCUCAGUAUGCACAGGACCUUAUUGAUGAGUGGUCAGCACAGUCAUGAACCAUCAACCUUCCAGCUCAUAUACAAGACUCUCUCUCUUCACAAAAAAACCAUCAUGCCUUACGUCUCAGUUCCGCCUUACUAAGCAGUGAUGAAGAGGACGAUGUACCCAUAACUAAGGGAGAGCUACGACGUGCCUUAGCAAGGAGGAAGAAGUCAGCUCCUGGUGAUGAUGGUAUCACCUAUGCAGUCCUUUGCACACUCAUAAAAAUACCUGCCAACCCUCUCUUUCGGCUCUACAACCUCUGCCUCUGCCUGGGAUAUGUGCCCCUAGCAUGGACUCAUAGUACAAUUGUACCCGUUUCCAAGCCUGGUACUGACAAAUUUUGUCCUAUCUCCCUCACCUCCUGUUUCUGCAAAGUAUUUGAACGUAUUCUCCUCUCACGCCUUAUGUUCCGGCUGCAAGAUAAGCUUUCGUCUAGAAUAUACGGCUUCUUACCCCAACGAGGAACACAUCAUUGUCUCAUGGAGCUCUACACUCGUCUCUCCCCAACCAGUGUUGUAGCCUUCAUUGAUUUGAAAAGUGCAUUUGAUGUUGCAAAUAGAGACAUUAUUUUAGACCAGCUUAUUGAUUUUGGAAUCAAGGGAAACCUUUUGAGGUGGAUACGUGGAUAUCUUCGAAAUAGAGUCUCUCGUGUGCUGUUUAAGGGAGCAUUGAGCACUGCAAAGGAACUUGAACUUGGUAUUCCACAAGGGGGAGUACUUAGUCCAUUUUUAUUUAAUAUCCUCCUACAUCGCCUUCUUUCCUUACUUCCUGAUACUGAUAACACAACCAUCACUUGCUACGCAGACGAUAUUUGCAUUCAUUCAACCUCCCCGGAUCACUUGCAACGCUUCCUUUCUUCCUUCUAUGAAUCAGCAUCCUCCUGUGGUGUUAUCAUCUCCCCAGGAAAAAGUAGAAUCUUCUCCCCAAGGCCAGCAAGGAAUCUACCAGAAUUUACUGUGGGGAACAAUGUUGUACCUUUAUGCACACAAUAUAUUUAUUUGGGAGCGCCAGUGCGAAUUACACCAUCCAUUCCAACAAGACAGAGAGUACAUCCCAUUGUUCAAGAUCUGCUGGCCCGGUUACAGCGACGCCUGACUCCUCUCAAGUGGCUUACUAAUUAUUCUGCAGGAGUAUCUAUCCCAGUUGCCAGAAACAUAUAUAUUGCUUUCAUCCGCUCAAUGAUAGAUUAUCUUUCCCCUGCACUAUGUCAACUCUCCAGAUCAACUCUACAGCUGCUUGAAAAAUUCCAGAACCAAGCAAUGAGAUUCAUUCUAGGUUGUCCAGCAUCCACUAGAAUUGUAAACAUGCAACACGAACUCCGUCUCCCUCCACUCGUUAAGCGAAUAUACUCCAAUGUCACCUACUUCAGUAUCAAAUGCCUGUAUUACCCUCACCUGUCUCCUCACUAUUCAAACAUCAUCAGAACUUCUCUUGAUCUAGAUGCACCUCGUCCACAACUACGCCAAGGGGGACGUACACUAGUUAGUACUGUCUGUUCAAGCAUUCGGGGGCUUGACAUCAACAUCGUGGCAGAGAACGUGGAUCAUGGCCUUGCACCCUGGCAGACUUCUGUGCCAGCAAUCUCUUACACUCCAGUCUCUAAGACUGACUUGCCUCAACUUCAACAACAACGUGCAUUGGAGACCAUCGACAGACUAUCCUCAUCCCUCAGUGUAGCUCAUCACCUCUACACAGACGGCUCCCUACAGCAGGAUGGCAGUGCUGGAUGUGCUGUUUUCUCCCCCACUUUGGAACCCCCGCCAGAGGCCUGGACAGGCCGUCGCCUCCCAAAGUCAUCAAGCUCCACGUAUUGUGAACUACAUGGACUUCUAGAUGCAGUUAUUUUAAUCGCACGGACCAGAAACAACGGCUUGAUCAUCUGCGACUCGCAACCAGCACUCCAAGCCCUUUCAUCACAUAAGCCAGCAUACCAGCCCCUGGUUACACAAAUACAUAGGCAACUAGACAUGGCCAACAUGAGCUCACUGGUAGUGCGCUUCCUAUGGAUUCCCUCUCACGUGGGCCUUCUGGCUAACAACACCGUUGGCCAUAUCGCAAAGGCUGCCUGUCAGCUGGAUCCUCCAGAUGCUGAUGCUCCCAGUCCAUCUCUCCUUUGCUGCAGAAAAAUGGUGCGCCAAGCUGCUCGCUCACAUACUCAUCAUCGUAGUAAUGCCGAGAGAGCCACCAGUGUAUCAAUACAGCAUUAUGAUCACUUCUUUCCUCACCAACACAAGUAUCGACGCAGUGGACUCAUGGUUCGUCAAAAUAACGUGGUUUGUGCGCGUCUUCGGCUGGGUUGGCGACCAGUUUGGCAGGUGGCUGAGCAAGAUGGAGUUCCUCACUUCUCCUCCUGUAGGUUAUGUGACGCGCCCAACGCCAACACCCUGGAACACUAUUGCCUGGAAUGUCCACUUGUUAGUGACAUAUUACCCCAAAGACUCACAGUAGUUGAUAUAUGUAAAAAAUUAUUGACAGAUAAUAAUUUGCUCGAUGAGAUCCUCAUGCGACAUCCUCACUUUGGUGGAUACUGA